UUGGCAACCUCCCAUGUAUACACACCCUGAAAUCUUCACUUGACAACUUGGUGAUCACACGAGUAGAAGCAUAUAAAGGUCUGGCGUGAGAAAUAACUUGAUUUUUAUCCAGUGCUGGAUAUUAUAUUAUUUCAAAAUGUUCAAGAACACAUUUCAAAGUGGAUUUUUAUCAAUACUUUACAGCAUUGGUAGCAAACCGCUUCAAAUUUGGGACAAAAAGGUUCGGAAUGGCCACAUAAAACGAAUUACAGACAACGAUAUCCAGUCAUUAGUGUUAGAAAUUGUUGGAACAAAUGUUAGCACAACAUUCAUCACAUGUCCGGCAGAUCCAAAGAAAACACUGGGGAUAAAGCUCCCCUUCCUGGUUAUGAUUAUCAAAAAUUUGAAGAAAUAUUUCACAUUUGAAGUUCAGGUAUUAGACGACAAGAACGUGCGGCGGAGAUUCCGAGCCAGCAACUACCAGAGUACGACCCGCGUGAAGCCGUUCAUCUGCACCAUGCCCAUGAGGCUGGACGAUGGCUGGAAUCAAAUUCAGUUCAACUUGUCUGACUUCACCCGCAGAGCUUAUGGAACAAACUACAUUGAAACACUACGAGUGCAGAUUCAUGCCAACUGUCGAAUUCGUCGAGUGUACUUCUCUGACAGACUAUAUUCAGAAGACGAAUUGCCCGCAGAGUUCAAGUUGUACCUCCCAGUAACCGGCAAACCAAAAGCAUAACAAACGUUUCAUAGGAAGUGGUUCAUCAUUGUAAAUAUCCCAACUGUUACUACUCAAAGGAUCGGAAUGACCUACGAUAUAUGGGACGAAUCAGAUUUUGGAUUCUGCAGCAGCUGUUUAUUAUUGAGACGUUGUUAUUUGAUAUAAAUAUCACUCAGACCUGAUUGAAGACUUUACUCUUAAAACUGAUGAUAUUGAUUAUCAAAUUAACAAAAGCUGUCUUGGACUUUUAUAUUGUUAAAAUACUGAUAUUAAUAUCAAAGUAAUAUAAAUUUUAUAUUAUCAUGCUUGUAUGACUAUAAAAAAGCAAAACAUCACCUGAUAUUAAUAUUAAAUUAUUUUAUUUAAAAAAAAAAAGACAGCAUACUAAUAUUAAUUUCGAAUAAAAAAAACUGCCACUUGAUAUAAAAUGACCCCAAAAAUGUAUUAAGCCUUUAUUUUAAAAAUAUAAUAAUAUUGAUAUCAGAUAACAGCAGGCCUGGGUACGGUUGCUUAUUUUGUUAAGAAAUCUGAAAUGAGACAAAUUAUACCUCCACAAAACAAAAUAGAAAAGAGUGAAUAAUAGCAUAACCAAAAAGCUGAAGAGUCCAAAAAUACCAGAUACCAGACAAAAGCAAGGUGUAACAGUAGAUUCGGUGUCCGCUACACAUCUGUCGUGCAGCGGCAAAACCUGUUUAACAAAUUGUUUUGUUCACAAUUUUAUAUAAUGUAAUUUUUCAGGUUACCUUAAAUUAUGUCUAGUGAUGGUUAUUUCCAGAUUACGUUUUAAUGCAUUACUGCAAACUGAACUGCAGUUGGCUUGUUUUACCACUGGAAUCUUCAUCACCACAAAUCAAGAACCUAGGACUCCCAGUGAUUAAGUUGAUGUCCCACCCAAAAAAUAAGACAUUUCAUAAAUGAAAAAAUGGGCUUAAUAACUGGAUACAAUGAUCAUUAGUGUUGAGGCAUCAAUAGUCUUGGUGUCAAACAGCCAUUAAAAAGGUACAACUUGCCUAUUUCUUGAAAACAAAAUGUAAAUGUAAGUUACUAAGUUUUGUCGUUGGACGGCAGUCAUAUAACACUGCCAUAGGUGACAAGACUUGCUGUGGUGAAAAAUAACACCGAUAUACGUUACCUUUUUGCAUUUGGGGACUCCGUUUCUACAUUAUUGGCCGUUGCACCAUACUUAGUGGUAAAGCUGAACAUGAACAGUUUGGAAUGUGGAAGAUGUACAGAAUGUGUAGAGAUCAAAAACGUCUUGAGAAGUUUUGUUCCCAACGUAUACUGGCAAGGGAAAUUUAGCUGUUAGUUUAUAACCAUCACUAAUAUAUAUAUUUCAAAUAGAAACUCAUUACAAUAUCAUAUGUAAUUAAAAUCAUCAAAUGGCCUUUUUUUCUUUUUUUUCCUUUACUUUUUGAAUGAGUUGUUGGGAUCUGUUGCAAUAUAUUUAAAUGUUGCUUGUUAUAUUUUAGGGUUUUUUUAAUCACGCUCCCAACUCCUCAUUCAGAAUUUAUGUUCACAACAUGUCAUGUUUGGACUGUUAAAUUGUUUAUACUUUUUGUAAAUAUCACUUCCGUAGGUAUCGAAUAAAUGUUGAAGUAUUA